AUGACGACUCCUCGCCGUCGCUCCUCGAGACUUCGAGGCGUGACUCCCGCAAAGUCUCUCAGCUAUGCUACGAAUCGCCUCCAAUCCCUUGCCGAACGCGAUGAGACUCCUAACUCAGGUAUCGAGGCGAAUCUCGAUGCCAUUGUUUCCUCUCCCCUCGCACCUCGAACUCCGGCUACUGCAGGCAUCAAACCAUCCCGAGCAGAGAUGCAUCCCAGCAAGACUCAUCAAAGUACCACACAGGAGCCCGACUCUGGUCUGAGACUUGGAUUUACGGAUAUUAAGGCAGCUAGUAAUGAUCAACCUUCCGGCCUCACACAACAAACACCUACAAAAUUAGGCAUCUCUUCCCCCACCUUCGACUUCAAAUUCGCUCGGCCUGCUCCUCAACUUGGUCCUGAGGCUCAGCGGAUGAUGGAUGACCUGCGUGAAGAGGCGUUGCGCAUCAAGGCCAAGCUGGCAGCUGAGCGAGAGGAGGAAAAUCGUAGAAAUGGAGAAUCUGCUGGAGGGAUCGGAGGUCGAAAGAUUGCACAACCAAGAGGCAAAGUUGGCCGCUUCAGUGAUAUCCAUAUGGCAGAAUUCAAGAAGAUGGAUUCGAUUGCUGGUCAUCCCUCUGCAUUCCGAGCUCAACCGGGACGAUUCACACCAGUCCAAAACAACCUCAAGCGUACACAAUCCAAGGCACAAUUGGAUGGGGACCAGGAGACUACCAUGAAGCAUGAACAAAGCAGCGAGAAGACAGCUCAAACAGACCGUCUGGAGAACACUGCACCUGCUAAACGUGCACGAAAGCAUGUUACAGACGAUACUUCAAGUGCCCGACCAGCCUCCAGUCAUGAGAAUAAACCUUUGCCAUUGACACCAUCUAUUCCACGAACACAAUCAAGCAUGCUUGCUUCCAUCUCCACUCCCACGCAAGCUUCUCUGGCUCGAGCUGCAACCACCAAGAAGCCCUCUACUCAAAUUCCAACCUUGACUAGAUCUCCAUCAAAGCCAAAUAUGCCAGCAACUCCUCGUGGCAUGACGAAAUCUGCGACUACCAAUGACCUGAGCGGCAUUCCAAAGUCUGACUCGAAGGCUAUAUUGCACAGUCCUAGCAAAUUUGACCGUGUCAGAUCGAUACUCAGACGUCCAAGCUCAAGUGUGAAGAAGGCAGCCCAAAUGCCGUCUUCUAUUCCAACACUUGCUCGAAGCCCUAGCAAACCCAACUUCGAGAAGUCCCUCCCUUCGAUCCCUACCACUCCUGGCGGAGCAGACGAUAUGAGAGCUGGCAAGCAUGUAAACUUUACUCCAGAUACGGUCAAUAAGCAUGCUUCGAUGGUACAAAACUCUCCUUCGCCCAUGAAGUCCGGGAUUCCUCGAUCUACGUCAAGAAUCCAGCUUGGUCAAAAGCCCUCCACCACUCACACCAGCUCGGAUACUGUAUACUACCCAUCCGUUGCUAGUCUUCCGAGUCCAGGCAAACAGACCAAAGUCGUCGAAUAUCCAUCCCUUGCUGGUGUACGUCCUCUUCCUCAACCCCCUCGUCAAAUCGCUUCUCAAUCGCCUGCUCCACCGUGUGUACCUGGCACCUUCACAUUCCGCAGUGACCACACAAUCAGCUUUGGCUCAUCCCCUAAAGGCUUUGGAUCAUCUCCGGGCCAGUCAAGUGUACGCCAAGUCCGCCAAAGUAUAUUCCCCGGUGUGAUGCCUGGUAGCUUUCCAACUGGCAACAAGGAGAACACCGAGCCUCUUCCAGCUGUCCCUCACGGCAUGGCAAACAAGAAGCGCCGUCGGGCAGAUUCUGAUGAUGAAACCGAGGAAGAGGUUGAGCGCUCCCCCAAGAAACAUAAGGCUGCUGAAGGAUCAAUGCUUAUGGCUCCCGAUCUAAAGUCUCAGAGCAAGACACCGCAGUCUCGCACUCCUAGCCCGGCGAAGAAGAAGGGUGUUCUCAGCUUGAGCCGUCUCAAUAUGCUCGCUAGACCCAAGGUCCGAAAGUAG